AUGGACGUUUCGUCGACAUUCAAUAAUAUCAGGGACGACAAGGAGAAGGCUGAGAUUUUGAUGUCCUUCCAAAAGGCCGUCCAAUCGCAAAAGCUGACUCUGAAGCUCCUUGGUGUGUGUUUCGAUCGCUGUGUCGCUACUCCCGGCGAGGUGCUUACGACGCCGCAGCAGACGUGCCUGUGGAGGUGCGCGCAACGCAACGUCGAAACGCAGUACUUCAUUCUGAAGCGUCUGGAGGGCAUGGCAUCUGCGAUGAAAUCAGGAACAUAG